UCUACCUAAUCUUCACUGGAUCAGUUAUUUUUCUAAGAGAGUGAAUUUCAGUCUAUAGUUAAAAGUGUAUGAUUGAGUACAAUUUAAAAGAACUUCUAAUAGAUAGUGCAUUAAGUAUUUUCUCAAAAUAUUGAAAUGAUAAAUAAAACAUGUUUUUAAAAGUCAGCAGAACGUAUUUUAAAUUUCAAGUUACUGGUGUUGUUGCGUCAGCGAUGUGUUACGCUUGACCGAAUUAAAAUCACAGGAUUUUUGUGGUAGAGCCACCGCCUAAAGAGAUCUCAUCAUUAAAGGAGCAUAAACUACAAAAAAUGCGGGUUUCAUUGAAGCUGCUUCUUCUGUUUUUCCUGCUAUUUUGUAUCGAUUUGGGUUCGUUUCAAGAGGAAAUUAAUAAAGAAAACGUUUACUUUCCCGACCAAAUCGAGUACAUACAGUUAAUGCAGAAAUAUUGUAAGGGGGAUCUUAUCUAUUGGCCUGAUGGUCGAUGUUACAAAGUCGGUGAACAAGGUCCCUGCAACUUCGGAAGAGUUCUGCAAAUUGAUAGAAGAUUUCUUUUACCUUUCUCUGACACUCCACAGUUUUACACCUUCAUAAGAGCCCGCUGCUUGAAAUUGCGCCAUAUUUCAGACGUCAUAUUAGCAGCUACCAUGCGUCUUCCAUGGAUAAGAUGUCUAUGUGGUGUAAGGGUAUAAAUAGCUUUAA